CCCUACCGUCCAGUCCCACCCAAAACCCUACGAAACCCCUGCGUCUUCACAGUUUUACCUCCUGUUUUCGGUUGAUUCGUACUGAAACAAUGGAGAGGCUUUCCAAAGAACUUGAGCAGGAGAAGGAAGGCUUAGAAGAUGACUUGAGUUUCGAAGAACUUGGGUUGGACCCUCGUCUAGUUCGCGCGCUAAUCAAGAAGGGAAUUUUAAAGCCAACACCCAUACAACACGUUGCAAUUCCGUUAAUUUUGGAAGGAAAGGAUGUGGUGGCUCGGGCGAAGACUGGUUCUGGGAAGACUUUCGCGUACCUCCUUCCAUUGCUUCAGAAGCUGUUUACUGGUUCUAGUACGGAGAAGAAGUCAGGUCCAAGUGCAGUUCUUCUCGUUCCGACUCGGGAGCUCAGUCAGCAGGUUAAUAAGGAAGUUUCAUCCCUCGUUGAAUCCUGUCGAGUUCAAUUGAAAGUUUCCCAAUUGACAAGCAGCAUGUCACAUUCUGAUUUGCGAACAGCAUUGGCAGGACCACCUGAUAUCAUUGUUGCUACGCCUGCUUGCAUUCCCAAGUGCUUGUCUGCUGGCGUUCUCCAACCAGCCUCCAUUAAUGAAUCACUUGAAAUUCUCGUUCUGGAUGAGGCUGAUUUGCUAUUGUCAUAUGGCUAUGAAGAUGAUAUUAAAGCUUUUGCAGCUCACAUCCCACGUUCCUGUCAAUGCCUUCUUAUGUCCGCUACAUCAAGUGAAGAUGUUGAAAAAUUGAAGAAGUUGAUCCUGCAUAAUCCGUUCAUCUUGACUUUGCCAGAGGUGGGAGAUAUUAAAGACGAUCUAAUUCCGAAAAAUGUUCAACAAUUUUGGAUCUCAUGUGAUGCUCGAGACAAGUUACUAAAUAUUCUUUCGCUCUUAAAGUUGGACUUGGUUCAGAAAAAAGUUCUUAUAUUCACAAAUACCAUCGACAUGGCUUUCAGGUUGAAAUUGUUUCUUGAGAAGUUUGGGAUCAAAUCUGCUGUUCUAAAUGCUGAGUUGCCUCAAAAUUCACGCCUCCAUAUUCUUGAGGAGUUUAAUGCUGGUCUGUUCGAUUAUUUAAUUGCAACUGAUGACGGUCAAACAAAAGAAAAAGAAGCCAACGAGGAAAGUAAUGUUGAUAAGAAAAGGUUCAGAAAACGUGCUAAGCAAAAAAUGGAUUCUGAAUUUGGAGUAGUACGAGGAAUUGACUUCAAAAAUGUUUAUACAGUUAUAAACUUUGAGUUGCCUCCGAGUGCAGCAGGAUAUGUACAUCGUAUAGGACGUACUGGAAGAGCUUAUAAUACUGGUGCAUCUAUUUCACUGGUUUCCUCAGAUGAGGUGGAAACUUUUGGAGAAAUUCAAUCUUUUCUAAGAGCUGAUGGAGAUACAGACAUUAUUGUUCCUUUUCCAUUACUUACUAAAAAUGCUGUAGAGUCUUUGCGUUAUAGAGCUGAGGAUGUUUCUAAAAGUGUGACAAAGAUUGCUAUUAGAGAAUCUCGAGCUCUGGAUUUGAGGAAUGAGAUUCUUAACUCCGUAAAAUUGAAAGCUCACUUUGAAUCUAACCCGAGGGACUUAGAUUUGUUGAAACAUGAUAAGACUCUCAGCAAGAAGCCCCCUGCUCCUCAUCUGCGUGACGUACCUGACUAUCUUGUCGACCCAGUAACUCAAGAAGCCAGCAAAGUCAUCAAACUAGCUAGAGCAGCAAUGGGAAAUAUACAGUCUGGUUGUCGGCGUGGGUUCAAGAGAAAAUCUAGAAAUGAUAAAGAUCCUCUUAAAACGUUUUUAGCUGAGGCUCCAAAAAAAUCUCGACGCAGUGGGGGGGAAAAGAGAAGGCAAAAAUGAUGAUCAUGACAACAGACACAACAGAAAAACAUCUAUCUGAUUCUUCUUUGGCUUGUCGAUCUAGAAUGGUCAACAGCCGGAGGAUCACAAAUUUGUAUUGAGAAUUAGUGUUAAAUUAUAGUGUAGUGGCCAUCCAAUGUAAUAGUGACAAUUUUUCACUGUGUAAUUCCAUCACAGCGAUUUUGAUUAAAAAGAAAAGUAAAAUGAACGUUUAUCACCA